AUGGAAGAAGCGGACGAGGGGCUGAUGAGUAACCAUUUUGGCAUCUCUUCUUUGGAGCGCGAGGGCCUGACCGUGCCCGACCUGAAGGGGGUGGCAUGUGGGUUGAGGGUGGAUGACCUAGGAAGGGCUGCUUCAGCCAUGGCGGCGUCGGGUUGGUUCAGGGGGAAGGUCAAGGCCGUGCCUUCCGGCGACACACUAGUGAUCAUGGGGAGCGGGAAUCCGGAGACGAUCCCCCCGGAGAAGUCCAUAACACUCUCUUCCAUCAUCGCGCCGAGGCUGGCACGUCGGUUUGGAACCGAUGAGCCUUUCGCCUGGGAAAGCAGGGAGUUCUUGAGGAAGCUUUGCAUUGGACAGGAUGUCACGUUUAGAGUGGACUACAUGCUUCCUGCUACAGGCCGGGAAUUUGGCACAGUUUAUCUCGGUGACCAGAACAUCGCGUGCUUGGUAGUUGCUAAUGGAUUUGCAAAUGUGAAACAGCAAGGCCAGAAGGCUAAUGACAAUCCGUAUGUUGCUGAACUAGUAAGGUUGGAGGAUACUGCCAAGCAACAUGGUUUAGGUCGUUGGACCAAGGAACCUAAUGAUCCAAUAAGAAAUUUGCCAACAUCAUCCAUUGGAGAAGCCGAUGCGAAAGAUUUUGUUGCUAAAAACAAGGGCAAGGCUUUGGAAGCCAUUGUCGAACAAGUACGCGACGGAAGUACUCUUUGUGUUUACUUGAUCCCCAGUUUUGAUUUUGUCCAUGUCCAUGUCGCCGGUGUUCAGGCCCCAUCCAUGGGAAGACAACCAUUCAUUCCAAGUAGGGUUGCUCAAACUGAAGAUGGUGGGGAUGAUGAUGUGAACAGGAAAGCAUUUGCAGAAACUCAAGCAUCAAUGACAGCAGUACAAAAGCUUGUAGCGUCUCCUGCUAUUUGUUCUGAAAUUCCACCAGACCCAUUUGGCAGAGAGGCUAAGCACUUCACCGAGACACGAGUUCUUAAUAGGGAAGUGCGGAUUGUGUUGGAGGGUACCAGUUUUAACAACAUAUUUGGUUCAGUGUAUUAUUCUGAUGGGAACACUGCAAAGGACCUAGCACUUGAACUCGUUGAAAAUGGGUUUGCAAAGUAUAUGGAGUGGGGCGCAAACAUGCUUGGACCUGAAACCAAAACAAAGUUGAAGAAUGCCGAUCUCGAGGCUAAGAAGAAGCAACUAAGGAUUUGGACCGGAUUUAAGCCUCCCGCUACAAAUACAAGGCCAAUCCAGAACCAAAAAUUCACCGGAAAAGUGAUAGAGGUUGUGAAUGGGUACUGCAUAAUAGUUGCUGAUGAUGCCGCACCUUAUGGUAGGGCUUCGGCGGAACGUCGAGUAAACCUUUCUAGCAUCAGGCCUCCAAAGGUGGCUGAUCCUUCUGGAGAAAACAAAACUCUUGAACAUUUUGCUCGUGUAGCCAAGGAAUUCUUGCGCACACGUCUGAUUGGUAAAGAGGUGAAUGUGUCGAUGGAGUAUUCUAGGAGAAUCAAUAUUGCAGAUGGACAGGUUGUUGCACACAAAAUCAACUCGGCUGAUACUAGAGUUUUGGAUUAUGGGUCAGUUUUUCUACCCUCCCAGGUUGAGGGAGUUGGUUCUAAUUCCUCUAGCAGCUCUGGUAACCAGCUUGGUGUUAACGUUGCCGAGCUCUUGCUCUCACGGGGCUUUGCUGAUGUCACCCGACACCGAGACUAUGAGGAGAGGUCUCACCACUAUGAUGCACUCUUGGCAGCCUAUUCACGAGCUGAGAAAGCGAGGAAAGGUUAUCACUCCAAAAAGGAUCAUCCUGUAACUCACAUGAAUGAUUUGACAACGGCUCCUGCAAAGAAGGCGAGAGACUUUCUUCACUUGUUGCAGCAAAAUAGGAGACAUUCUGCUGUUGUUGAUUACAUUUUUAGUGGCCAUCGUUUCAAGCUAACAAUUCCUAAAGAGAACAGCAUUAUUGCCUUUUCAUUCUCUGGUGUUCGGUGCCCUGGCAAAAAUGAGCCCUACUCUGAUGAUGCCAUUUCUUUAAUGAGGAAAAGGAUACUCCAACGUGAUGUGGAGAUUGAGAUUGAAGCAGUGGACAAGACUGGAACAUUCUUAGGUUCGUUAUGGGAGUCCAAGACCAAUAUGGCUUCUGUUCUUCUAGAAGCCGGCCUAGCCAAGCUUAGUUCAUUUGGCCUCAGCAGGACCCCGGAUGCGCAAACUCUGUUAAGGGUAGAACAGUCCGCCAAGCAUAAGAAACUGAAGGUGUGGGAGAACUACAAUGAAGCAGAAGUGAUUCCCCAAAGAUCCAUGACGGGACAAAAGGAAAAAGAAACUCUCAAGGUUAUUGUAACUGAAGUCCUUGAUGGUGGAAAGUUCUACGUCCAAAUAGUUGGUGACCGUCGCUUGGCCUCCAUUCAGGAACAGCUUGCUUCUCUGAAAUUUAAUGAUGCUCCAUUUAAUCCUGCCAAGGGAGAUAUGGUACUAGCCCAAUUCAGCCUCGACAAUUCUUGGAAUAGAGCCAUGAUUGUGAGCGAAUGUCAAGGAGCUGCAGAGCCUGAGUUUAUUGUAUUUUACAUUGACUAUGGAAACCAAGAAGCAGUUCCUUACAGUCACUUGAGACCCGCAGAUCAAUUUACUUCUUUGGUUCCUCCUCUUGCCAAGCUGUGUAGCCUUGCAUUCAUUACAGUGCCUAGCCUAAAGGAUGAUCUUGGUGAACAAGCUGCUGGGUAUCUAAGCAGGCUCUUGCUUGAUAAUGAGAAAGAGUUUAAAGCCAUAGUUGAAGAGCGCGGCACUGCAGGAGCUAAGCUAGAAGGACAAGGAACCGGAGAAGUGUUCAUUGUAACUUUGGUUGAUGAGGACGUUGAAAGUAGCAUCAACGCUGCUAUGCUUGAGAGAGGCUUCGCUCAGAUUGAGAGGAAGAGGUGGGACUCCUGGGAGAGGAGGGCUGCUGUAAAGAACCUGGAGGAGUUCCAGGAGCACGCAAGGAAGAAGCACCGUGGCGUUUGGCGUCUUCGCGACGUGUCAGAGACAGCAGAAGAAGAAAAGGCACUGGGUGUUGACGACGACGAGGACCCGCUAGCUCCAGCUCAAGCACCGCCUCCUAGCAAGGGCUUUGACCUUAUCAAGUUCAUUGCUUUUAAGUCCUCUGAAGACCCUGAAGCCCCCGGGUCACCGUAG